AUGACUGCAUAUUGGCCGUGUCUGGCGAUUCUUGCUGUGUUGGCUAUUAUAGAACCAACAUUGGGAUACACGCCAGAAGCAAGAUGGGGCCAAGCGGCAACCAUACUUGGAAAUACUCUGUACGUUCACGGAGGCAAAGUGGACCCCUACAACGCGUAUACCUAUUCAUCUGCACCGGGUACUAAUGACCUGCUUUCCCUCGACUUGUCAUCUUCGUUCGCGACGUCCGACCCACCAUGGGCAUAUGUCAGCGGUUCCAACGCUGCUUCCACAAGUCAAGGGCCGUCCGUCGCUUUCCAUUCCCUUACAGCCUUUGAUGAGAGAUCCAUGCUCUUGUUUGGCGGAGACGGUGGCCCUCCCAUGCCAUUACCGUCCGGGUCUGACUCGGCAUGGUUGCUCAAUAUAUCGGGACCAAACACUCCGACUUGGAUUAAACAGCCAGAAGCUGCGAGCUCUUUCGGUCGAGUCUGGAUUAUUGGCGGAGAAAAAUCUGACGGCUCUAAUUUACCUGUGGACGGGAACUACGUAUUUCAGCCAUCUGUGCCGUCUUUUGACCUACUCUCAGUCAACAAUGCACCGCCUGUUCUUGUUGGACAUUCCGCAGUAAGACUGGGUGCUAACCUUAUGCUUGUUCUCGGAGGGUAUAAUCCCUCCGGUAAUACUAUGAUGGACAUGAGCACCUUGUGGUUUGUCGACACUAGUCUCCCAGUACCCGUUUGGACCACUUCUAAUGCUUCGGGCGAUGUACCAACUCCUCGCAGAGAAUUUGCUUGUACGGUAUUGGGUGAUGGCAGGGUCUUUUUGCAUGGUGGCGCCGAUGCCACUUUGCAAACAGUAUAUUCGGAUGCCGCCAUCUUGGAUGUCUCUCAACCCCUAUGCGAUGGUCAACCAUUGGCGGGAAGCCAAGUGUUGAUUGCAUUCGGUUAUGGGGUAAACGGUCCCUCAUCUUCCUCGCUACAGAUAUUCGAAAGUGGAGAUAAUUCCUGGGGAAGUACAUUUGUUCCUGUCUUAUCUCCCACUCUACUCCCCUCAGCGUCAAGCCCUGCAGUAACCAUCACUCCCAACCCGCCUACUCAAACUGUACCGCAAGUUUCUACUCGAUCAGAUGGGGUAAUAGUGACUGUUUCUCAGCCAGUCUCUCAACCCAUCAAUACUCAGAUUCCCAUUACUUCUGGUGUAUCAUCACAUGUUUCCGCACCCGGGCCCAUUCCUACAAGGUCUCAAUCGUCCCCCCCUCAUUCUACGCGUAGUCAUUCGUCUGGCACUCCAUCGUCAACUGCCUCUCCUUCCCCCACUGAAAAUACAGAUGGGCCUUCUUCCAACCUCACAAAGAUUGCAAUUAGUGCUGUGAUUGCUGUUGUCGUUCUGGUUGGACUGGUUUUAUGUGGCGCAUAUAUUGCUCUUCGGAGGCGAAGGCCAAUCUGGAGGCGCGGAGACGGAACGGCACGGUUAAUUAGUGGAGAAUCUGGCCCAUCAGGUGCACAUGAAGGAUAUGGGGCGGAUGAGCCCAAGGGUGUACCGGUUGUGAACUCGAGUUGGCAGGCCUUGCAGCCCCCCCGAAGGCAAUGGACACUUCUUGGUUUGGGCACUCGCCCACAAGCCCGGGCACGGUUUGACAUUCUACAUGACGAGGAUAUCAGAGAAUUUGGAGAUAUUUCGGCUAGUCGGACGGAUGUCCGCCGGAACGGGAGUGUGGGAAGUGGUAGGAGCACAUGGGGAGAUAUUGUUAACGCAAGUGCUAGUAGCCUUCGCGUUGUCAGUGCGGCCCUCGGUAUUGGACAAUCUCCUCGCCAAUCAAGCUAUAGCGCCACACCACCUACGGCCCACAACACAAACUUAAGAGAAAAGAACGUUUCAGACCCGUUUCUCGACCCAUACAAUCGUAGCUCGUGGACAGGGCCCAGUGCGGGUCCCUCAAUCUCACGUCCCCGUACCUUCCGACAGGAAUCCUCAUCUAGCUUACGAGAAAUUGUGUAUGCCAAUCCUUUCGAGGACUCGACUAACGAUCCACUUUUGUCGCGGAGUGAGGGUGAUCAGGACGGCCUAAGGUCGCCUCCUUCUCGCGAAGAGCUUGUUAGUGCAUUUCGUCAACAGGAUCUCGAAGAUCAUGGCCAUUACGAUGAUAGCAUUAUCCCUACAUCCUUCGGGACAUAUGGUCUCGCUGCGCUUGGAAGGCCGCACUCAAGUUCCGACCUAGGCCAUUCAAGCGGGUCAGUCUCAUCCCAUAAUGCCACGAUACUCGGGAAUGGUUCCGCUACGGUCGUGGGCUCGACUUCCUCCCAUGAUCAUCAUUCGAUAAGUUUACUUAAUGCCACUCCCUCUGCACCAAUUCGACGUAGCGAUUCUUGGUGGUCUCGUUUCUCGAAAGGAAGUGUGCGAGGCGACCGCAAUGUUCACCAUGACGGCUUCAGCGUAGUUCGCAGAUUGUCCCGAAGCUCAGACCGCCCACCCAAGCCGGAUCCUUACAUCGACUUCCGCGACCCAGCCCCGCCACCCAUCCGCACAAUGGCCCCUAUCAGGGAGUCGCGUAUUAGCCCGGACGCAUCUCCCGCUGAACCUCCUCUUGUCCGACCACCUAGUGUUAUUAUUGGGUCUGUCGGAGCCCAUCGACGUUCCUCAUCUUCUCUGGUAACAGUACAAACAGCGGAUAGCGCCGCCCUGGAGCAGAUGGGCCAACUUGAUAUUAUUCAGCGCGUUAGAACUGCGAGCACGCACCACACUCAGUCAGCUUCUCAAGACACUAAUUCCGAUUCGAUCGAAGAGACGAGCUCAGCACGACCAUCGCGGAGGCCGAGGCUAAGCAUCGUGCCUGGUUCUCCAUCAAAGACCAGUGCGGAGAGUCGCCAGGAAACCAAUACACCUACCCCUUCUCUAUCUGAGGACCAUGGGACUAUCGUAACAUCGCCCACCGAAAUCACGUCAGUUGGACACUCAUCACCGAUCAAGUUGACUGCACCACUUCAGGCUCGCCCCCGCCAAAGGAAUGGCACUGUGGCAGAGCGGGUUGCAGAUUAUGAGCGACGUAUGUCUCAGGCCAACAGUCCGACCACUCCUCGAAAAUCCCCGGUUGGUGGAGAGCCAGACAGUGGGCGUCCCCGGAGUCGAGUUCGAGUUGAAUACGGGCUCGUCCAGCGCCCGGAAUUGUUUAUUGCUAAUCCAGAUGAUGCAACAUCACCUUCCGCUUGA